CGACUAACGGAGGAGACGAGAAGCAGAGACAGAGACAGAAGACACAACAAAGAGGGUUUUCUUUUUUCCUCUUUUAGAAAACCAAUUGCUGGUUGACCCUACAAGUGUCUGGUGUGGCAGUGACUCUCUUUGUCAACACACUCCAGUUAAAAUGCCUUUCUUGGGCAAAGACUGGAGGUCACCAGGAUGGAGCUGGACAAAGACGGAACACGGUUGGAAGAGAAUUGUCUUCUUUGGAAAUGAGUUGGAGGACAGCAACACAGAGAUAAAUCUGACAGCGCUCUGCAGCGAUGACAAUGAAAGCCUGUUUGUUGGGGAUGUGUGCGAGCUCGCCACCACAAAGAGGAAAAAGGACUUCUACAACAAUAACACCAAAUCCCAGUUCGUUUUCAGGGAUAAGUGGAUUUAUGUGCAGAAAGGGAGCACAAAAGAACGACAUGGAUACUGCACACUUGGUGAAGCUCUGAACAGAUUAGACUUUUCCAGUGCCAUUCAGGACCUGAGACGGUUCAACUACGUUGCAAAACUUUUUCAGCUAAUAGCCAGAUCUCAGCUGACCUCUUUAAGUGGUGCUGCACAGAAAAACUACUUCAACAUCUUAGAGAAGAUUGUGCGAAAGGUCUUGGAGGAUUACUACAACCCUCGCCUCGUCAAGGAGCUCCUGCAGGACCUGAGUUCAACGCUCCACAGUCUGACCAUCCACGUCGGAAGGUGUGUGCUCGUGGGCAACGUCAACAUCUGGAUGUGCCGCCUCGAAACCAUCGUCAGGUGGCAGGAGGAGCUCAACAACAUGCAGAUUCCCAAGCAAAUGUGCACUGGGAUGACGUUAAGCGACUUGCCACUGCACAUGCAGAAUAAGAUCCUCUACAAGUUAUCUGAUGCCUGCGAUAUCAUUAACCUGGGACAGGCCACGCCUACGCUGCACAGCCUCAGUGAGAACAAGACGCUGUGGAAGAAGCUCUGUCACUUCCAUUUCUCCGACAGCAGACCGUUCUGUAGGAAUCUGGUCUUACCCAAGAGUGACAAUGUGGACUGGAAGCUGAUGUAUUUCACCCUGCAGAAGCACUACCCCAUGAAGGAGCAGUACGGUGACACCUUGCACUUCUGCAAACACUGCAGCAUCCUCUUCUGGAAGGAUCGCCAUCUGGCUUUGUUAUUCAAGGACUUUGGUCACCCCUGCACAGCCAACGACCCGGACAGCUGUCUGAUGCCCAUUUCUCCGCAGCACUUUAUCGACCUCUUCCGGUUCUGAUCUCCUCCCGCUGCCUGUCAGCCCCAGACGUCCGGAGUUUACCUUCGCUCACAGUCGAGAGCGUGUCCGAAACCUUGAUGUUGUUUACCCAAAUACAAAGGGCUUCGACUGAAACGACUGGUGAUGUCUUUACCUCUUUUACGCACAACUCUUUUUUCAUGAGACGUCGGAAAGUUUUAAUGCGUAUGUUUUGCUGGCUUUAGGAAUGUUGGUAAAAUACAGGAGGAGCUUUUCUCUUUUUUUUUCUGCACAAAACUUUGUCUUCAUGAGGGAAGAAGUUACUCCUCGCAGAGGGAUAUUUAAAAAACUUAUGUAAAAUGAAAUGAGUAUUAUUAAAGGAUUUAUAUGUGAAACAAGUUGCAGCAUGUUUAUGGUAAGUCAGUGAUGAUAGGUCAUGUACAGUGUGUGUGCGUGUGCGCGCGCGUGUCUUUUUUUUUAAUGAGGUUUCACACCCUGACUUGAGUUCAUCGUGUAUUUGAUGGAGUUAACGGCUUUUCGCUGUUUGUUAAUAACUGCAUGUCGUCGUCGGAUCCCGGUCGCCUCUGUUUUUCAUGCUCGGCGUCGUCUUUUGUGAAAGUGUCUUCACUAAAAUAAGUUUUUCUACUUUCGUCAAAACUGUCAUCUGGCAGAAGAAAUGUAAAGUAUUAUUUAUGAAACUAAAAAAAAAAAAAAAAAAGAAAGAAAUAACAACAAACUUUUGUAUCCCUCUCCCAACUUUUGCAAUAUUCCUUUAUCAAUUAAAUACUCAUUCAUGGUACUUUCA